AUGGACCUUCUCAACUGCACCGAGGGGGUGUUUUCCACAAGCAGCAGUGGUUACGACUCACUGGAGACCACCAGAACUCCCCGCAGCAAGAUCCUGCUUACCCUGACCCUGUCUGUGCUGGCUCUUCUGACCACAGUCAUCAACUGCCUGGUGAUCACAGCCAUCAUAGUGACUCGCAAGCUGCACCACCCGGCCAACUACCUCAUUUGCUCAUUGGCAGUGACUGACCUGCUGGUUGCUGUGCUGGUCAUGCCAUUCAGUAUCGUCUACAUCCAGAGAGAAAACUGGGUCAUGGGCCAGGUGUUGUGCACUAUCUGGUUGAGCGUGGAUGUCACCUGUUGCACCUGCUCCAUUCUCCACUUGGCUGCGAUCGCCAUCGACCGCUACAGGGCCAUCACGGAUGCUGUAGAGUACUCCCGCAAGCGCACUGGAGCCAGGGCAGGGGUGAUGGUGGGGGUGGUGUGGUUCUUGUCCAGCCUCAUCUCCUUACCCCCUCUGCUGUGGCGGCACUACAACGGGGAUUCGACUCAGGACGACCAGUGCACCAUCACCCACCACCACAUGGCCUUUACCCUGUACUCCACCCUGGGAGCAUUUUACAUCCCUCUGCUGCUUAUCCUCAUCCUCUACUACAAGAUUUACCGGGCCGCCCAGACACUCUACAUGCGCAGGGAGGCCAGCCGGGCUAGCCGCUACUCCUGCAUGACCAAUGGGAGCACUAUCCCCUCCUCCUUCCCCGCAGGAGACAGGGACGCGGAACCUCGCAGCCCGGAGCCCCUGAAUCCCGCUGACAAGUCUUUCUCUGACCCCUCCAUCGAAGAGAAGGAUCGCACGCGUAUAACGGUAAAGAAACCCAGGCGCAAGUUGCGCCAGAGUGAAUCACAGCACAGCGAGUCACGCAGCAAUCCGCCGUACCAAGGGCCGCGGAUCUCUGGCACACGGGAGCGAAAAGCAGCCUCCACACUGGGAUUGAUAUUGGGAGCCUUUGUCAUAUGUUGGCUGCCGUUCUUUGUCAAAGAGGUGAUCGUCAACACCUGCAACUCUUGUAAUACUUCAACUGAGAUGGCCGACUUCCUGACGUGGCUGGGCUACCUCAACUCACUGAUCAACCCGCUCAUCUACACCGUCUUUAAUGAGGACUUCAAAAAGGCUUUCCAGAGACUGUUUAGGUGCAAUCAUUAUCUCUGA